UAACAUCUUUUAAUUCCGUUGCUCGUUCCUGCUCAAACAAUCAAAAUUUAAGCAAUCUCGUUGCGAACAUGCGAGCAAAAGGAGAGGGAGAGCCAGGUAGAGCGAGCGAGAUGGCAGCGUUCUCCGCCACUGUCGUGACGGUGGACGGCGGCGGCGAUGCGGCUCGCAGACCUCGCAGUCUCGUUCGGCGGGCGUUCGUCGUCGGUCGAAGUUGGUGGUAGGCGCGAGGGUGUAAAGGUGAGAGUGGUGACCAGAAGAGAAAACCUGAAGCGGGAAACGACAUUUUUUAGUGCAAUACAAAGUGAGCGAGAAAAUACAGAAGAAUUUAGAAUGCUGAAUGCGUGAAAAGAUAACAAGUACGACGAAAAGGAGUCGAGAGAGAUCUGGAGCCGGAAAAUGCGGUCGCGACACGUCGUAGCAGUUCUAGCCAUUUUGUUGGCUAUCGUUCAGGGAGCUCCCCAGAAUCUCAGACGUCGAAACUACGAAGAGUAUCCGCGCGAAGCCUAUUUCAAUGGCUCAGCGUUCCUGAAGCUGAAUUCUUUCGUGUCCGUGCAUCGUCACAGUGGUCUCAGCUUUCGCACAUGCGAUCCCGGUCGGUUGUUUCUGCAAAAGUACAACGAUGAUUCCAUCAGUCUCGAGGUGACGCCCGAGGGACUACUCUUUGUUGCUGUAGUCGAUCAGCAAAGGUAUUGGGCUAGACUGAACGCCAGAUUGCUCAACAAUAUCUGGCACAACGUCAAUCUUUUCUUCAGACUGGGCAAUCUCACUUUAAAUGCCGCAGGACAUACUCAAGUGAUUGCAAACGCGACUUAUAAUUCUGCCAUUCUGACGCUUCCCGAUUACGACGUAAACAGUUCACUCAUAAUUGGCGAAGAGUUUAAAGGAUGCAUUCUGCAUGGACCUGGAAUCCUAUUCAACGACAGCAUCAAUAACGGAGCAGUUUUUGGACCUUGCCCAUUGACUAUCAAAGGAUGUGGAACGAGCAGUCCCGCGAGUGGUACGGGAGCAACUUCCGUUACAACCUCCACCAUGGAUUUCUGUCACCACGAACCAUGCAUGAUGCAUGGUAAAUGCGUGUCGCGGCAGGAUCGUUACGAAUGCCACUGUUACGCCCGGUACUCCGGCAACAACUGCCAGAUCGACAAUGGUCCACCUUGCGAGAGCAAACCCUGCCACAAUGGCGGCAUUUGCAGCGAAAACGAGGAUGGUGAUUUUGUCUGCAAUUGUAAACCCGGAUUUACUGGUAACCUCUGUGAAUCUCAGCUAGGAGUGCGACUAUGUGAGCAGAAUCCAUGUAGAAACGAUGGCGUUUGUAUAUCGCUGACAGAUAGCGAGUAUAAAUGUGAAUGUCAAGUUGGUUGGAUUGGAAAAAAUUGCGAAAUUAAUAUUAACGAAUGUGCCUCGAAUCCAUGCAAGAACGGUGGUAUCUGCAUUGAUGGGAUCAAUAAUUAUACCUGUAAAUGCGACAGGACUGGCUACGAGGGUAUCAAUUGCGAAGAGGACAUCGACGAAUGUCAAGCAAAUCCAUGCCUGAACAAUGGCAAAUGCUUCGACUUAUAUGGCACCUACAUUUGCAGUUGCCCGAGAGGUUUCGAAGGUCAAAAUUGUGAACUCAAUUUAAACGAAUGCUUAUCCGGACCUUGCGCCAACGGUGGCAAGUGCAUCGAUGACGUUGGCACUUAUCACUGUGAAUGUCUCCCAGGAUUCACAGGCCGCCAUUGCGAACUGAAAGGUCUUUGCGAGAAUGCGGCCUGUCCACCCAACAGUAUCUGCGUGGAAGACACCCAUGGACCCCAAUGCGUCUGCAAUCCUGGCUUUAUGGGUAAUCCGCCCAAUUGUACCGUCAAUUAUUGUGCCAGCAAUCCCUGCGCCAAUGGUGGUACUUGCACCAGUACCAGGGAUGAUUUUGACUGUACUUGUUUACCUGAAUGGAGAGGAAAAAACUGCCAGUUGAAUGUAGAUGAGUGCCUGUCACAGCCGUGUCAAAACGGCGGUAUUUGCAUCGAUCGCGUCAAUGGAUAUAUCUGUAAUUGUACUAGAGAUUUUAUAGGUGAUAAUUGCGAACGGGAAUAUGAUGCAUGCGCUGUAAAUCCUUGCCAAAACAAUGGUACUUGUACACUGAUAUCGAGAUCGAAGAGAGAUUUCGUUUGCGAAUGUCCACAUGGCUUCGAAGGCAAGGUAUGCGACGUGAACGUCGACGAUUGUAUAGGUGUAGUGUGUCCUGAUGAUAAGGUUUGUGUCGACGGUGUUGCAGCUUACGAAUGUAAAUGUCGCGAAGGGUACAGAGAUCCCAAUUGUACACUAAUUGUAGACCACUGUGCCACGAAACCAUGUAACAACGGCACGUGCAUCGACUUCGGCGAACGUGGCUUUGAAUGCAAGUGUACAAGCGGUUUUCAAGGCAAAUACUGUGAUCUUGAUGUGGACGAAUGCGACUUACAUGGCAAUUCUUUAUGCAACAAUGGCAUCUGCCUUAAUAAUGAGGGUAGUUACAAUUGUUUCUGUCGGCCGGGUUUCUCCGGCGAUCACUGUGACAUUAACAUCGAUGAGUGCCUAUGUGGCCCGUGCAAAAAUAAUGCCACGUGCCUCGACGGCAUCAAUACGUUUCAGUGUUUGUGUCAACCCGGUUACACCGGCAAAACCUGCGAAGUAGAUGUAAACGAGUGUGAUAGCAACCCGUGUUUAAACGGAGCACGAUGCAUAAAUAGCAUAGCGUCAUACAAGUGCGUAUGCCCGGCAGGUUUUCUGGGUGCCAAUUGUGAAAUUGACAUCGAUGAGUGUAAAUCGUCGCCCUGCUUGAAUUUGGGAAAAUGCAUCGAUGGCAUAAACAGUUAUACUUGCGAUUGCAGUGAUACCGGCUUCGAGGGUCCACAUUGCGAGGAGAAUAUCAACGAAUGCCUCUCGCAGCCGUGCGUAAACGGCGGUAACUGUGUGGAUGACAUUAAGAAUUACAAAUGCCAAUGCUACGCUGGUUACACUGGUAGAAACUGCGAAGUGGACGUAAAUGAAUGCGAGAGCUCGCCUUGUCAGUACAAUGGCACUUGUCUUGAACGGUCAAAUAGGGAACUCUACAAGAACGAACUCCUCAACUUACCUGCAAUUUUCAAUCAGGAGUUUAGUUAUAGCAAUGCCAGCGGGUAUGAGUGUCUUUGCGUGCAAGGUGUCACCGGUAAAAAUUGUGAGAUAAAUAUCAAUGAGUGCGAUAGUAAUCCCUGUGGCCCGGGCACCUGCAUGGAUCGUAUCGGUGGUUAUACGUGCGAAUGCGACGAAGGCUUCGAGGGAGAUCAUUGUCAGCACGAAAUCGAUGAAUGCAAAAAGUACAAUCCCUGCGAACAUGGAAUAUGCAUCGAUGGCAGAGCUGACUAUUUUUGCACUUGCGAUUCGGAAUACGGUGGUAAAAACUGCUCGGUAAAGCUGAUUGGCUGUCAAGGCAAUGCUUGCCAAAACGGUGGCACUUGCUGGCCUUACCUCGUCGACGAAACCAUUCACAAAUUCAAUUGUACCUGUCCCAAUGGUUAUCAUGGCGAAGUCUGCAAUUAUGUGACGACGAUGUCUCUGAGUGGCAGCUCAUAUGUCCUGGUGAAUACCACACGCGAUGAAGGCUACGAUAUCCAAUUUCGCUUUAGAACUACUCUGCCGAACGGUCUUCUGGCGAUCGGCAGAGGGGUGACCAUUUAUAUCCUUCAGUUAGUAAAUGGCAAGCUCAACAUACACUCCAGCAUAUUGAACAAAUGGGACGGAGUUUUCGUAGGUAGUGGACUCAAUGAUUCCAAUUGGCAAAAAGCCUUCGUCGCGAUCAAUGCGACUCAUCUCGUUCUUUCGGCCAACGAGGAGCAAACUAUCUAUCCCAUCAGUCCUAACGAGGGUUCUAACUCAUCAAAUCAUACGUCUUUUCCUACCACUUUCGUAGGCGGUAGCCACAUCAGCUCUCUUAGCUUUCUAAGAAGAUUGUCUCGUUUACCUUCAUUCACUUUCUUCGUUGGCUGCAUGGAAGAUGUCGUCAUUAAUGGCGAAUGGGUCUACUCUGGUACAACAUCGAAAACUGUGUACAUGGAGGACGUGGAACCAGGCUGUCCUCGUGAAGCUCAGUGUUCGCCGAAUCCUUGCAAGAAUGGCGGCCAUUGCACCGAUCGUUGGCGCGAUUUUUAUUGCAAGUGCGAGCGUCCUUACCUCGGUCACACCUGCCAGUACAAUAUGACGGCUGCUACGUUUGGUUACGAGAAUAUCACCGACGGUUAUGUGUCCGUAAAAGUCAGCGAUGCGGCUAGACGAACCGUCAGCUCGGUCGUCGAUAUUUCGAUGUUCAUUCGCACAAGAGAGAGUCGUGGUGAUAUCUUCUACCUAGGUACAGAGCCGGAUUCUCAGGAUGAUCAAAAGUCACAAGAGAAAACUUACAUAGCGGCGCAGCUGGAGGGCGGAGAAUUGCGCGUGAGGAUUCAAUUCAAUGGCACGGAGGCUUACACUGUCGGUGGCGUGAAACUCAACGACGGAAACAAUCAUCUGAUCCAAGUAGCGAGGAACGUUACCCUCGUUCAGGUAAAGAUCAACGGCACUGAAUACUUCCGCAAAACCAUCAGCGCUACAGGAGAUCUGAAUGUGACCGUUCUCUACUUGGGAGGACUACCACAGACGUCACGAUAUAUUCGCCAAAUCGAUAACAAGCCAAUGGAAAUGCAGCAGCUUAAUUUCAAGGGAGUCAUCCAAGACGUGCAAGUAUCGAAUGGAACAAAAACGAUGGUCGUGGAAUUCUUUCCGUUAAAGGCACAUGACAUUCCCACACUCGUUCAAUUCGGCAAUGUUUCUUUCGACCAUGAGAAAGUCCUCGAGGGUGUGGUAUCGGACAACGUAUGCAUAAGCAACCCGUGCAACCACAACGGCUCGUGUCACGUAACAUGGAACGAUUUUUGGUGCCAGUGUCCGCGCGGCUAUACUGGCAAGACUUGCCAAGAGAUGGAGUUUUGUCAACUGCAGGACUGUCCUGCAGGUUCACGCUGCCAGAAUCUUGACGACGGUUACGAGUGUAUCGCCAACGCAACUUUUGAUGGAAUCUCCACUGCCUUCAUGUAUGUGUAUGGACGCGCCGAUGUUAUGGUUACCGAUGACCUUGUUCUUGAUACCAUUGAGAUCACUUAUCGAUCCAACACUGGCGGCACGAUGUUCCAUAUGGCACCUCGCGUGGGCGACCAACACUUCACUGUAUCCGUUUUCAAGGAUAUUGUGUCCGUAUCUUGGCGACUUGAUAAGCAAAAUCAGAACACUGUUUCCUUUGGCAAAAGCCAACCUGAUGGAAAUUGGACCUCGCUUCUUAUUAAAUUGAACAAUAAUUCUGUAGAAUGUGGUUACGUCAAUCCUACCGAAGAACAACCUCACAUAAGUCCUAACUUUAGUUUCCAACUGUGGUACGAUCUCCUAGUGGCAGGAACGGUCACUCUGGGUGGACUUUCUAGUGGCUUGUCCAAUGUACAUACUUAUGUUACUGUUGGAUCCAAACAUGAAAGAAAAAAUGGAAUCGAGGGCAAUAAUGUAGAUUACAAUGAACAUAAGCUGACAACAGCUAUGCCGGCGCAUGAUAUGAUGUCCGGAGAACCGUUUAAGGGCUGCUUGGGCGAAGUGCGUAUCGGCAGCAUAUUACUACAUUAUUUUACGUACGAAGAGGUAUAUCAGAAUGCAAACUUUACGCCGCUAGAAUUUUUAGCAUUGCAGGAUAAUGGCAAUGCCACUCAUCGUGAUAGUGUCGGCUGCCAGCUAUGUUUCGACACGGAUUGUAAGAACGAUGGCUAUUGCCUCGAUAAGGCUAACAGUUAUGUGUGCGAGUGUCCGGCUGGUUAUGCCGAAGAUGAUUGUUCCUUCAAUAUCGACGAGUGUGUUGGCAAUAAAUGUCAGAACAACGCGACUUGCGUCGAUGGUAUCGCAAAUUACACCUGCGUAUGCGAAACUGGCUGGCAGGGAUGGCUAUGCGACAGCGACAUCAACGAGUGCGUGACGUUGAGUCCGUGUAAGCAUGACGGUGUCUGCGUGAAUCUGCCAGGUCACUUUAGAUGCGAAUGCCCGGAUCAAUUCACCGGCGUCUUAUGCGAGAGCUUACGGCUAAUUACUUGUGAGACCGAACCAUGCAAGAACGGCGGUACUUGUGUGGACAUACCAAAUACGAAGACGAACACUAACUUUACCUGUAAUUGCAUGCCCGGUUACGAACUCCCUACCUGCGACACGCCCUACUGCAUUAAUAAAAAAUGCCAGAACGGCGGCAGAUGUGAAUUUUUAUAUCAGACGCCAAGAUGCAUCUGCACUCUCGGUUAUUCGGGCAUAUACUGCGAGACCAACAUCGACGAUUGCGCGCCGGAUUUUGAGGGUAAUGUACCUUGCAAGAACGAUGGCAAGUGUUACGACGGAGUGAACAGCUUUACAUGCGACUGCCAGGGCACCGGUUACACCGGUUCCGAUUGCUCCAUUGACGUGGACGAAUGUCAAAAUCCAAGUGUCAAAUUUGAUUGUGGACACGGUAAAUGUGAGAAUCUGCCUGGUACCUAUCAGUGUAUUUGCGAUCCCGGCUAUUGCGGGCACAAUUGUGGCAUGAUGGAUCCCUGUCAGGAGGAUUAUUGUCAGAACGGUGGAACAUGUAAAUGUGCUGAAAAUGGUGGAUAUACAUGUCAAUGCACUCUUGAAUACAUGGGACAAAAUUGUACAUUGGAGCGAGAAACUUUAUUAGGUAGUCAAGCUUUUAACAUAGCGGUAAUUGUGGGCCCGAUCAUGGGCUGUCUUUUCCUCAUCGCUAUCGGCUCUCUUGUUGCGUUUUUCAUGAUGGCGAGAAAGAAGCGUGCAACACGUGGCACCUACAGUCCCAGUGCUCAAGAAUUCAGCAAUCCACGAGUGGAAAUGGAUAAUGUGAUGAAACCUCCACCAGAAGAAAGAUUAAUUUAAUUAAAGACACGUAAUUGAAUUUAAUUAAAGCAAUGCGGACGGCGAAUCUCGAUAUGUGGAAACUGUUUUUUUUUCUUUCCAAAGAGCAGAUUUUAUAACAGCAAAAAAAGGAUAAAAUAUUGCUUUUGCAAUAAAAUUCUUUUUUGAUUAUAAAGUUUAUGAGAUUUAAGAUUU